AUGACCGCUGGCGAUCCUGCAGAUGGUAGCGGCGGUGCAUACCGUCGCACGACACGCUCUACAACAAAUGACUCCUUAAAUCAUACACAACAUGAGGCCUACCUUGACCAGCAGGUUCUUGAUUCGCUGCUCGGGCUAGCUUCUGGCAACUCAGAUGGAGGCAGCUUCAUCGGCUCCCACCCGCAAUGGUCGGCACCAGAUGCCGCCGUAUCCGGCACAACUUACCCCGGCCUGAUGUCCGAAAGUUCCGACCACCUCUGGUCCGGGGACAUGGCACAAGCGGAGCCGAUCUCCCACGGCGAAAAUCCGUCAUGGUUUGGACACAACCUGUCUUACGAAGACCCGGCACAAGAGUUGAGCAACCUUCAAUGGCCGCUCCCUGGACCAAUUACAAGGCCUUCAGACAACAUCAACUGGUCCGCGGCAGUUGAAGAGCAAGAACUCAGGGGACGCCGCGGUCUCCCUCGCAGGCGAAGUCGGUACCGAUACAUGCAAUCUGAACAGAGGGCUAUACCCAUCCCAAUACUCGCCUCCCCUACAACCCAGCAAGACUCAGAUCCGUUGCAGCGAUGGAAGGACUCACCGCCUCAAGAUGAACCUGCUUCGAUGGCAGCUAUCUUUGACGCGCUCAGAACAAAUCAGGUUGAUUUGCAAGAUGGACACAGUCGAUCUCAGCCAGCGUACUCCCGGGCUAACUCUGGCACGAGCGCUGAUAGUGGUGGAAGCAGCUCUUCAAUGCAGUCGGGCAAUUCUGCAUGGUCCGGUAUAUCAGAGGCUUCAAGAGGGAGGCGAGCUGGAUUCGGCCCCUUGAAUCCAACCCGCCAAGGCCGCGUUGGGAAGAAGCGUGGAAGCAUCACGACGAAGGACAGCCGCCCGUUUAAAUCGCCUGCCACGACCGACCGAUCGAAGCACGCUCCUUUGGACGAAAAGAUCACCUUGUUCAACACUUGCGCGUUAUGCAUAAGUUAG